AUGCAAGGAGGUUAUUUCCACAAUCCAUCUAAUUAUCCACCACCAAAAGCACCUCAAGAACCAUAUUCUAAUCACCAAUAUAUGUAUAGACAUCAACAAGUUCAACAAAAUAAUACUUAUAAUAAUUAUCCAUCAGGAGCAAGAUAUGGAGCUCCAGUUGUAAGAGAACAACCACCUCCACAACUUGCAUCACGAGAUUUUAGAAAUCAAAUAGUAGAUAAAAGUGGAUAUGUAGAAUUAAAAUCAAAUGUAAUUAUUUUUACAAACAUUCCACCAGACCAACAACAACAAAAAGAUUUCUUAUCAAAUUAUAUUCCAAAAUAUAUUUGUGAAUCAUAUCUACCAGCAUACAAAAUUGAAGUUGUUUAUAUUGCUGAUAGAAAAACUGCUGAAGGAAUUAUGGUACAUUUUAAAAAAGGAUUUGAAGGAAAGGAUAAUAGAGAAGCAUAUUGGGGAAUGGAAUAUUGGAUGAAACAAUCUAUAUUUGAUAAUGAAAAUGGUAUAUGUAAAAUACCACUAAAACAUAUUCCACCAACAGUGCACGUAAAAUCAGAUGGUUCUUAUGAAUAUGUUUAUUCAAGAGAACAACGAAGAUUAGAUGAUAGGAGAGAUAGAAGAGAUGAUUAUCAUUAUUAA